CCAUAUUUUAUAGUUCGCUACUAACAUUAACUACUGUCCUACGCCACGUUCGCCACUGGAAAUAUUCCUCAAUACUAUAUCCUGGUUCUAUCCGGUACGCUGUUGUCUUUCCGUUCCACUACCACGCUUAGUACUCCAUUGUCUUACCUACCAACUCUGAAGACAUGAAAGUGGCAACAAGACAUCUACGGACGCUCUGAGCCCGAUGAGGCUAUGCGCCCUAACCCACGACCAAGACCAAGACCAAGACCAUAUAUUAGUCACUUAUGUGAAGCGGGUUCGGUUUUGAAGUGAAUAAGGUAUUUUUUAAACUUAUUUUUAGUGUUUUAAAGCGUGACUUUUGUCAUGUAGAGCUAAACUGAUACGGGAGACGAUGACAAGACCUCCACAGUCUUCUCACAGUUGGAUGCUAUUGCUGUGUACCUGGUCCUCUACUCUGACUCCAACUCAUGUUGUUGAACCUUGACCUGAGCCUGAAGUUUUUCAAGCUAGUUAUGAGUUUUUUAAGCUGACAUAAGCAUAAGUUUGGAGUUUUUACAGCUUGUAAAAGGAGGAAAUCACCACUCUCAAGUCUCAAGUCGCAAAUUCAAAGUACCUUGUCUUUCUGCCGUACAAAGUAAGAAAUAAGUAGGUGUGACAUAAAGGCUACCAAAUGCUUGACUGUUGACUGUUGAGCUGCCUUUGCCAGUUCAAGUUCAAGUUACCUGAGCCACCAACCAGUGCAUCAAAAUGUCCACAUCUGAGCACUGGGGAGAGUAUGAGACACCACCACCACCUCUGAAGGCCCUCAGGCCAGAGGAGCUGCAGCGGCUGGCUGAGCUGCAGCUCAACCUGGUGGUCGAGGGCCCGAAGCUCUUCCAGCCAGCUGAUGUUAAUGCUGAACAAGAUGUUAAGCCAGCAGUGGCUGCGUUUCGUAUGGAUCCACUGGUGCUGGCUACCAUUCAGCUGGACAGGCAGAAUGCAGCGCUCAGCAGGGUAGUCGCCAGUUCCUCCACGGUCGACGAUUCGAUCCUGACACCAGUGGACCUAACAGAGUGUUUCGAUAAGCUGGAGGAGAAAUUCACCGUCUUUCCAGAAGUCAAAGACAGCGGGUUCGUCCGCGGCAGUCCAGUGGCCAUCCCCGAGAUCCCGGCGGAGCUGUGCCGUGACCUGAUGGUGCGCUCGGUCGGCGCCAUUGCGGCUCACGCCGGAUUCCACACGUCGACCGACCUGGUGCUGGGGACGCUGGCGGACGCCACCGCCAACUUCCUUCGCUCGCUGUGUCUGAUGCUGCGACAGACACGGGACUCUGAGCUGGAGCGGGGACCGCACGGCUUUGUGGACGCGCUGGAGCGGACGCUGGUCGACUCUGGGGUGGGCAGCGUUCGACAGCUGGCGGAGUACUACGGUCCGAACGUGGUGGAGCGGCUGCGCCAGGCGCGCGACACCAACUACCAGCUGCGGGCCAGCUACGACCAGAUGACCGCCGACCGGCAGCCGCCCGUCGAGAGCAUCGCGCUCGAUGAUAGUCUACUGGUGGACAUUCUGGCUGAAACGCCGACUGGCCUGCCCUCUGUCGGGCCUGGUGGAACUAUCGACAUGUCCGCCUACCCCAACAUGAGCUUUGAGUCGGCUGAUGAUUUAGUGGGUAUGAACUCGUCACUGGACUCUGAGGAGAUUGUGGUCCAGUCUUCCCCGCUGCCCGACGCUGCCAGUCCGCUCAACAAAAAGCCGCGACCGUAGCACGAUGACACGUAACAGCACUCGUCCCAGCCGGCGUGGUUGUUACGACGUGACUGUGACAAGAUCGGUGGGUGGUCAGAACUGCCGGACGACUGACAGCUGCCCUCUAUGGGAGGCUAGCAGCUCACUGCUGCACGCUCCUGGGCCAAACAUGGCACGUGGCUGUCAUGGCCAUGUCUUGGUACGUGGCUUUACGACCGGGACGUGGCACGUGGCCCGUGGAAGGGUGGACCAGAUCGGUUUUCUACCUAUGACACCGUUCACUGGUGUGAGUCUCCGUCGGUUACUCGGUUGCUGACUACUCGAGAAGCUGCGUCACUGUGGUGAUCACCCAAGUCAGCGGCAGCUACCACUGGGUCACCGACUGACCUGGCCGCAUGCAGCGGCCGCCUCAUGGCCAGGGGCGUGUCAUGGCUGCUGGCUCCUGGUCCUGACAUGCAUUGCGAAUCAAUGUCCGAGGAUGCGCGAGUGCUUUUGGUUUGUAUCCCAUUGUGUGUCAUUGCUGCUGGCUCUUGAUGCCAGGGUGUACCCUGACCGGCGCUAGAACUCAUACUGCAGCGUGUUGUGGUGGAUGCAAGUGUCCCUGGUAAGGACGGCUUCUGACGGGCCUAUGACCUGGGCCAGUUUGUAGGGUGUGCCUCAACAGGGCCAGCUGAGACCUGUCUGUUGGAUGGAUCGUAACUCAGGCGGAUGUGGAUCAAUCCGUGGUCCGGAUGAUGUGUGGAAAUAUUGGUGCCUCAUGUAUGAGUGUUCUUACGGAUGGUGCGCCGUAGUGUGUUUUUUACUUUUCUCCCCAACCGUAAUAGUGUUUGCUGGGGAGUCAUGUCUAAACAGUAAUGGAUCUCAAGUGAUGGUUGCAUGGUACGUUCAAGUACCGUUACUCGCGUAAGUACAAUAGUCGCAUACAUUUCUGCUCCUGUGACAUUUGUACAUUGGGCUCUAACUACCAAAUGGCCUAUUUGUUGCUGCAAAAUACAUCAAUUGCAACAUU